CUUGUGUAUAAUAGUUAACGGAGCUACAAUGCAAAAAUUUCUGCAGCUUGUAUGCAAGAAUCGUGUUUGUAUAUAAGAAUAUACAACAAAUUACUGCAGUCAUUUGGUAAGGAUCAGUAGAUAGAUGGCAACUUAUGAUGAUGCCCAUGUUGUAACGUGUAUGUGGACACGUUACUUUGCGCGCACUGGCAACUCUGUUAAUCAGCUGCCGGUUUGUUAUUUAACCUACCAGUCUUAGUUUAGCCAUAAAGUUUUUUUUGAAUAAGUGUAAAUAUGGGUUUCCUGACACAAGUUUGGGCCAAAGCGGCAGCGGCAACGGACCCAGUGCCCACAGCUGUCGUGGUACCAGAUGAAAAGCCUGUACAGGAUACAAAGCCAGAUGCUGGGCAACCUAAAAGUGAACGUCAGGAAUGGGGUUAUGAUCUCUAUCCGGAACGUCGAGGCGAAACCUUCAAGCCAAAAUGGUCACGCAUACUGUUCGGUAUGGAGGGUCAGGAGAACAUCGAUCGCUACAAAUGCGAACAGAAUGUCUAUUGGUGUGUGAAGAACGGCCCACUGGUCAAGCUGAUGAUGGGUGCACUGCGCAGCUCUGGCUGUCCCAUAGAUCUGCGUCGUCACAUCUCCUGCGAGGUGUGCGAUCCGAGCGUAACCGGCGGCUAUGAUCCAGUGCUUAAUCAGAUCGUCGUCUGCCAAAAUAUGGCUAAAAACAAGAGCAUGGUGCAUGGUGUGCUCACCCACGAAAUGAUUCACAUGUUCGACUACUGCAAUAAUGACUUGGAUUUCCGCAAUGUGGAUCAUCUGGCAUGUACGGAAAUCCGUGCCGCUAACCUAGCUCACUGCUCCUUCCUCAGUGCCAUGACGCAAGGUGAUGCGUCGCCCUUUAAUAUCAAGGAAGCACAUCAGAAUUGUGUCAAAAGCAAAGCCUUGGCCUCGGUGCUAGCUGUGAGGAAUAUAACCCAUGAAGAGGCUGUGGCAGCGGUCGAGCGCGUCUUUCCCAAAUGCUAUGCGGAUCUGGAGCCCAUUGGACGUAGGAUACGGCGUAAUUCAACGGAUCAGCAGAAGGCGUUCAUGGAGGCGCCCAUGUAUGGCUACGAUGUAUAUUAGUUUGAUUUAGUUUGUUUAUUUUUUAAAAGCCGGCAAAAAAAAACGUUUAAUAAAAUUAAAUUUUAAGACUACGCGAAGUGCAAUUAUUGCAAUGGUUUAUUAAACAACCGAUUUGUUUCUAUAAUUGUUAUACAUUAAAUUAAUGC